ACAAGUUGAGAAACAGUCAUAAGAGUCGUAAGAGUCCCUGAGGCGGGGUUGGUAAAGCAUCUAAACUAUGCCGCUGCGUUUCUCGGCUUCCGUAGAUGAAUGAGUUUAUGUGUGUAAACGUUAGUAUAUCUUUUGUGUGUUAUCUACAUAGAUAUAAAGUAUUUUGGUGUCGAUUCACAUACAAGAGCGGCGAAGCAGUGUUUUGGCAGUUGUGUUUCGGCUGUGCUCGCAAGUGGCUGAGGGAAGACAGAACCAUCGAAAAGAACCUGGAAGUGAAAAAGUGCUGUGAAUUAAAUAUUUCGCCGCCUCUUAUAGAGCAAUACAUUCGCGAGUUUAAUAAAUUGAAGUUUGUAUAAACACACAAAGGCGGGCGGUUGCAUAAAACAAUUGAUAUUUUCAUUAAUAGUUAAACACGUGCUAAGUAAAUGGUAUACACGUUUCUGGAACUGCUCUUUAAUUAAGUAAGCUAUUGCUAUUAAUUUGGGACAGCCAACAGGCGGGUGGCGGAGACCACUAGAUUACUUAUCGUACGCAAAUUUGUUCCAUACCCGCAAAGGGCGCUUUUUCAUAGUCGCUAUCUGAGCUUUUGACAACGCAGCUAUUGUUUUUGGUGGCGCUCGCUAUUCAAUAAAACCAAACAAACAAAAAAACAAACAUUCAUUUAUUGUUUUUAUUGUUUUUAUUGUUUUGUUUUAUUGUUAUUGUUUUAAUUAAUAUUUUAAAUUGAAAUUGCGCUAGUUAUUGUCAAGUGUGGCAUCGGAGAUCUGGACAAACAAACAAAAAUGAGUUACGAUGACGUCUUGAGUCACUUGGGAGGUUUUGGCAAAUAUCAGCGCAUCAUUUAUUUUCUCAUCUGUCUCACGUCCAUCACAUGCGCGUUUCAUAAAUUAGCCGGUGUUUUUCUGCUCGCGAAACCAGAUUUUCGCUGUGUGCUGCCAUUUGAAGAUGCGGUCAACGCCACGUACGAUUUGCCGGCAACAGUUUGGAAUAUUUCGUAUCCGCCAAAUUUGCUUGGUAACAAAUUGCAGACAUGCGAGUACUACAAUGCAGAGUACACAACAGAUUACUUGAACGGUACCACGCCGAACAAGGCCAAUGGGACAACAACGUGUAAUGCUUAUGUGUACGACAAGUCGAAGUACUUGAAUAGCGCAGUGACUGAAUGGAACAUGGUUUGCAAUCGCAGUUUCUUGGCCGCCACAAGUGAUGCCAUGUUCAUGUUGGGUGUGUUGUUGGGCAGCAUUGUAUUUGGACAAUUAUCAGAUAAAUAUGGACGUAAGCCUAUAUUUUUUGCUUCGCUAGUUAUCCAAGUUAUAUUUGGUAUUUUGGCUGGUUUGGCACCAGAAUAUUUGACAUAUACUGUAUCCCGUCUAAUUGUUGGAGCUACGACUUCAGGCGUAUUUUUGGUUGCUUAUGUCAUAGCUAUGGAAAUGGUUGGUCCGUCAAAACGUAUAUUUGCUGGCAUUUUCGUCAUGAUGUUCUUUUCUGUGGGUUUCAUGCUAACUGCCGUUUUUGCAUACUUUGUUCACGACUGGCGUUGGUUUCAGAUAGCACUUACACUGCCGGGUCUGGUAUUCAUGUGCUAUUAUUGGGUUAUACCAGAGUCUGCCCGUUGGCUGUUAUCUAAAGGACGCAAAGAUGAAGCUAUAAAAAUUAUGGAGAAAGCAGCAAAAUUUAACAAAUUGACUGUACCGCGUGAAAUUUACGACAAUCUGUUAGAGGUGGAUAGUACAGAGAAACAACAAUUGGAAGCUGAAGUGAACAAAGAAAAAACACCAGAUGUAUUUGAUUUACUGAAGUAUCCAAAUUUAAGACGUAAAACUCUGUUAAUAUUUUUUGAUUGGUUCGUGAAUAGUGGCACCUACUAUGGACUCUCUUGGAACACCAGCAAUUUGGGUGAUAAUGAUUUACUGAAUUUUGCCAUAUCAGGCGCAGUUGAGAUACCUGCCUAUAUUUUCUUGCUACUAACUUUAAAUAGAUGGGGACGACGUACAAUACUUUGUGGAAGUAUGUUAGUGGCUGGGUUAGGGUUACUCUCAACGCUUAUAGUGCCUGUUAAUAUGAACUGGUUGAUAAUAGCUUUUGCGAUGUUAGGCAAACUAGCCAUAACUGCUUCCUAUGGCACAAUUUAUAUAUUUUCUGCUGAACAAUUUCCCACCGUGGUACGUAAUGUGGGUUUGGGCGCUUCUUCAAUGGUAGCCCGUAUUGGGGGCAUUCUGGCGCCCUUCUUCAAUAUGUUAGCUGAAAUUUAUAAGCCGCUGCCGUUAAUUAUAUUUGGUGCCAUGGCGUUUAUAGGCGGCUUACUGUCUCUGUACCUGCCUGAAACACACAACAAACCCACUUUGGAAACGAUUGCCGAGGGCGAAAAGUUUGGCAAAAACGCUAAAGCUUGUGACUACGUAGAGAAUGGCAAGGAGAUGCAAGUAAAAGGUGACAUACUGGAAACCAUUCCGCUAAAUGGACAUUCCAUGAACGAACAAAAAGAUUAAUAAGAAUUAUUAGACAUUAAUUUACUAAUUUUAACUUGUCAAUGUAUUAGUGUACUUAAUAUUUAUACUCUCUGUACUUUUUAUGUGUGUGUAAGUUAAUUUGCGCUUCAAAAAUGAUGAAUCACCCAAAUUCGUAGAAAUCCAAAAAUAUUCGAAUAUGCGUACUUAACCGGUAGUAACUUUUAGUAUUUCUAUGCCAAAAAAGU